ACGGCGACACCGUACUUCCGGGAGCCGCCAUUUUACGCGAGGUGCAACCAGGCAGAGGUUUUAGCCGUGUUACUUACUUGUUAGUUACAAUACUUUGAAGAUGGUGAAGUGGUGUAGUUCUGGGACUUGUAGAAAUCAUCAUUGGAUGACAGAUAGUGAUGGAAAAUCCAAGAUUUCUUUCUUCAAGUUCCUCAGUCACGAAAAACAGCCAGGACGGAGGGCCCAGUGGGCGAGAGCUUGCGCUCGCGUCGAUCCCAUCACUCACAAGCCGUGGAAACCCAAGGGCACCGUGCAAUAUGUGUACAUCUGCUCGGCACACUUCAUUUCUGGGCAGCCUUCCAAGGAGCUUGGCCAUCCAGAUUACAUCCCGACCAAUUUUGCUACGCCUGGGAAACUACCAACAGCUGACAAGUGCCAGAAACUGAGAAGGUUCUCGAAUGCUAUGUGUCGUCAUGGCAAGAAGAUGCUUGGCAAAGCAAAUGGGCCCUCAAAAAAGAAGUGCAGAGUGGCUUACGCAGUCUCUGUUGGAGUGCAGGACACAUCCCUUGCAUCCUCCGAACCUCCACAGCAUCAACCUACUCCUGAUUCGCCUCAACCGUCGACCAGUUCAGUGUCUCCACCUUCCGUGCCUCAACAGAUGCUCUUUGAUGAGAUCUCUGCACUCAGAGCGGAAAGAGAUGCUGCUUUUGCUGAGAGGGACCAUGCUAGGGCCACCCUCAACUCUAUCUUCUAACACUGUUGCUGAAAACAAUGAGAAGUGUCAGUAUUACACCGGACUAACUUGGCCCAUUUUUCUAGCCACUUUUCAAUUCUUGCUAGUUUCGAUGAUAUGCAAAGGUACCCCAUCCAUCCCCUACAUUGAUCAGUUUUUUUUUAUAUGAUAGUGAAGUUGAAACAUGGCAUGAAGUUUGAGUAUUUGGCAGACCAGGUAGGCAUCCCUCAGAGCACGCUCAUAGAUCAUUUUUGGAAGUGGAUGGAUGUAGCCUUUGUGAAACUGAAGCGUUUUGUUAGUUGGCCAGAGAGGGAGCGCAUAUUUUCUAAUAUGCCACCUGCAUUCAAGGCUCUGUACCCUAGACUUACUUGCAUAAUAGAUUGUUUUGAAGUGUUCAUUGAAUCUCCAGGGAACCUUAAAGCUCGUGCCCAAGUCUGGUCAAAUUAUAAGCGUCACACCACUAUGAAGUUUCUUAUUGGAUGUAACCCACUUGGUGCCAUUUGUUUUCUGUCUGAUGCCUGGGGUGGGAGGGUGAGCGAUGUGGAAAUAGUACAUCAAAGCGGAUUCUUGACUAAAUGUGACCAUCACCCGGGUGACCAAGUUCUAGCGGAUAGGGGGUUUACAAUGAAGGAAGAGUUUGCGGGUAUUGCUGGUGUAGAGCUGCUCACACCAGCAUUCACUAAAGGGCAGAGUCAAUUACCAGCCAAACACCUUGAAUCCUCUAGGAAAUUGUCAUCGGUGAGAAUUCAUAUUGAGCGUGUGAUUGGCCUAAUGAAAAACCGUUUUGUUAUUUUGCAAGGCACUUUGCCGAUUCGACAUAUUAAAUCUCUGAAGGAUGAGGCAGAUCAGGUAGACAAAUCAAGUGCAGAUAAGAUAGUUGGGGUAUGUGCAAUUUUGACCAACCUUGGGGGUGGGAUUGUAUACAAGGAAUGAAUUUGUAUGUGUGGUUGCUAGUUCACAUGCUUACAUUUAGAGUUGACCAUGUUAUAUUUUGUAUGUUGAUUCUGUGAUACUUUACCUAAUAAAUGAUUGUUACAAGCUGGCUCUGCUUGUAACAUAAGGACAACAGUUCCACGCCGGA